GACCCAUUUGCACAAACAUACACGUCCAAACAUAAACAACGUGAAUCGGUAAUAUAUAAAAGGAAGAGAGUAAUCCAUUUGUAAAGUUGAAAGUCUCCAUAUCACGAUGAAAACAAUCUUCAUUCUCUCCCUGGCUGUCUGUCUUUUCGCUGUUCAAACCGAGUUAGACAAUAAAUCUUGACAUUAUCAUGUUAAUAUGAAGCUAUAUUUUAUAUUUAAAUAUACAUAUAAUCAAUGAUAAUCAUAGAUAUCUAGUGUAAAUACAUGUAUAAGUGAAUAUAUGUGGACACUAUAUGAAUAGGUUUUUAUUUGUUAUCAAUACAGUUUUUCAUGGUGUUUAAAAACGCAAGUUUCUUUCAGUAGAGGAUGUAACUCCGGUCCUGCGAUGAAUAGUUUGUUUCUAGAGGCUGCACAAACUCUUGGAAGUCUGAAAACAUGCGCGACCAAAACCAAUGGAAUGGUGGAGGAAUAUUUCAAAGAAGAUGGUUUGGGUCAGAAGAUGAAUGAAGUUGUGCAUAUUCUUCUUCAACGACUUAAUAAACGUUUUAAAAAGAUUUGCUCAUGAACUCACAACUACCUGUCAAUCAAGCAAUCAGCCCAUCUGUGCCAAUAAAAAUGCAUGGACAAUCAACCACUGAAAAUAAUUUACAAUCGAUUGAUUAUAUUUGUAACUAAAACGUUUUUUUCUACAUGUUUUCAAUGUGUAAUUUAAUAAAAUUUGUAUACUGUGCACAA